AUGGCUCAUGCAGCCGCUUCCAUUAAAAAAGUUCGAGAGUCUGAACUCGAAGAGAGGGAGAGAAACCUUGAGAAGGAGAGGAAAAGGCAGCGGAAAAUCUCUAGGGCAGAUCGGAAACGCAAGUCUGACAGCAAUGCAAGCUUCCUUCGAGCUGCCAGAGCUGGCAAUCUGGACAAAGUAGUGGAAUACCUGAAGAGUGGCAUAGACAUUAACACAUGUAAUCAGAAUGGACUCAAUGCUCUGCACCUGGCGGCUAAAGAAGGCCAUGUGGGACUGGUACAAGAAUUAUUGGAAAGAGGGUCGGCUGUGGAUUCUGCCACUAAGAAAGGGAAUACAGCCCUGCACAUUGCAUCCUUAGCAGGACAAGCCGAAGUUGUCAAAGUUCUGGUUAAGGAAGGAGCCAAUAUUAAUGCACAGUCUCAGAAUGGCUUUACUCCUUUGUAUAUGGCAGCUCAAGAGAACCACAUUGAAGUGGUGAAAUACCUCCUGGAGAAUGGAGCCAACCAAAGCACUGCUACUGAGGACGGUUUCACUCCUCUAGCCGUUGCGCUGCAACAAGGACACAACCAGGCGGUGGCCAUCCUCCUGGAGAAUGACACCAAGGGCAAAGUGAGAUUACCAGCGCUGCAUAUUGCCGCUAGAAAAGACGACACCAAAUCAGCGGCGCUUCUACUGCAGAACGACCACAAUGCUGAUGUGCAGUCCAAGAUGAUGGUGAAUAGGACGACUGAGAGUGGCUUUACACCUUUGCACAUAGCCGCGCACUAUGGAAAUGUCAAUGUGGCAACGCUUCUGCUAAACCGAGGAGCUGCAGUCGAUUUCACAGCAAGGAAUGGAAUCACCCCACUGCAUGUGGCUUCCAAAAGGGGAAACACAAACAUGGUGAAGCUCUUGUUGGAUCGCGGAGGGCAGAUCGAUGCCAAAACCAGGGAUGGACUCACCCCGCUCCACUGUGCUGCAAGAAGUGGCCACGACCAAGUUGUGGAGCUGCUCCUGGAACGAGGUGCCCCGCUGCUUGCACGGACCAAGAAUGGACUCUCUCCACUUCACAUGGCAGCCCAGGGGGACCACGUGGAAUGCGUCAAACACUUACUGCAGCACAAAGCGCCCGUGGAUGAUGUCACGCUGGAUUACCUGACCGCCCUCCACGUGGCCGCACACUGCGGCCACUAUCGUGUCACCAAACUCCUUCUGGACAAGAGAGCAAAUCCCAAUGCUCGUGCCCUGAAUGGUUUUACUCCACUGCACAUUGCCUGCAAGAAAAAUCGCAUCAAAGUCAUGGAACUCCUGGUGAAAUAUGGGGCUUCAAUCCAGGCUAUAACAGAGUCGGGCCUCACACCAAUACACGUGGCUGCAUUUAUGGGCCACUUGAACAUAGUCCUCCUUCUGCUGCAGAACGGAGCCUCUCCCGAUGUCACUAACAUUCGUGGAGAAACUGCGUUGCACAUGGCGGCACGUGCUGGGCAGGUGGAAGUAGUUCGCUGCCUCCUGAGAAACGGGGCCCUGGUUGAUGCCCGAGCCAGGGAAGAACAGACUCCACUGCACAUUGCUUCUCGCUUGGGUAAAACGGAGAUCGUCCAACUUCUGCUACAGCACAUGGCCCACCCUGAUGCUGCAACAACUAACGGGUACACCCCGCUGCACAUCUCUGCCAGAGAGGGACAAGUUGACGUCGCAUCAGUGCUCCUAGAGGCAGGUGCCUCGCACUCCAUGUCCACCAAAAAGGGAUUCACACCUUUGCAUGUGGCGGCCAAAUACGGGAGCUUGGAAGUGGCAAAACUCCUGCUGCAGCGCCGUGCCUCUCCCGAUUCGGCUGGCAAGAACGGCCUCACCCCCCUCCACGUGGCGGCCCAUUACGACAACCACAAGAUCCCCAAGGGUGUGGGUGGGCAGACGCUGGGACGGGGCCGCCCGGAGGGGCUGGGGGGGCUUUGGAGGUGGUCACGGUGUGACCAGAAUGGAUACACCCCUCUGCAUAUUGCUGCCAAGAAAAAUCAGAUGCAGAUAGCUACUACUCUAUUGAACUACGGGGCUGAGACCAACAUUCUGACCAAGCAGGGAGUCACCCCGCUUCAUUUGGCCUCCCAAGAAGGCCACACUGACAUGGUGACCUUACUGUUGGAGAAAGGAUCCAAUAUCCACGUGGCAACAAAGACUGGACUGACAUCCUUACACCUUGCAGCUCAAGAGGAUAAAGUGAACGUAGCUGAAAUACUCACAAAACAUGGCGCAAACCAAGAUGCUCAGACAAAGCUUGGAUAUACACCUCUAAUUGUGGCCUGUCACUAUGGAAACAUCAAAAUGGUGAAUUUUCUUCUCAAGCAGGGAGCAAAUGUCAAUGCUAAAACAAAGAACGGCUACACCCCUCUUCACCAAGCUGCUCAACAAGGCCACACUCACAUCAUUAACGUUCUUCUCCAACAUGGGGCCAAGCCCAACGCCACCACCACCAAUGGUAACACUGCCUUAGCUAUUGCAAGGCGGCUGGGAUACAUCUCAGUGGUCGAUACGCUGAAGGUUGUAACGGAGGAGAUUACCACCACCACAACUACUGUAACAGAGAAGCACAAGCUAAAUGUACCCGAGACAAUGACUGAGGUCCUGGAUGUUUCAGAUGAAGAAGGUGAGCAGCUUUGCUAA